AGUUCUCUGUCUCUCUCUGUCUCUCUCUGUCUCUCAGUCUCGGGCCAGCAGUAAUUAAGCGGCGGCGGCGGCACGGAUCGCAUCGCUAUGCCUACAUCUGUGCCUCUCCGCGCCACGGCCCCUUCUCGCACUCCAGGGGUGGUCUAAUACUUGCUGCAAACUCAGAAGGCGAGAGGGAGAGAGCGAGAGAGAGGCGCUCAGAAAGCAAGCUCUCCGAAAAAAAAUAUAUAUAUAUAUAUAUCAAGCAUUAAAGAAAAACGAAACAAAAAGCCCCAGGAAGAGAAGACGAGAGAGGAGAAGGAACCAAUAUAUAUAUAUAUUUGCAAAGAAAGAAAAAAACAAACUCUCCCGUGAGAAGAUUGAAAGCUGGAUUGAGCGGAGGGAUUAAAGGAAGAAACUGCUUGCUGGAAGACAGGAAGGCGGGCAGUCAUGUUAGAGUGGGCGCUGGCGGUGCUGGGCUUUGCGGGACUCGUGUGCGCUCAGAAUGAGACGGAGCCCAUCAUCCUGGAGGGCAAAUGCCUGGUGGUCUGUGAUUCCAACCCCACCUCGGACCCUACAGGGACUGCUCUGGGCAUCUCGGUGCGAUCCGGCAGCGCUAAGGUGGCGUUCUCUGUCAUCCGCAGCACCAACCAUGAGCCAUCCGAGAUGAGCAACCGGACAAUGAUCAUUUAUUUUGACAAUAUACUAGUCAACGUCGGCACCAAUUUUGACUCGGAGAGGAGCACAUUCAUCGCUCCGAGGAAGGGGAUUUACAGUUUUAACUUCCACGUGGUCAAAGUGUACAAUCGGCAAACCAUCCAGGUGAGCUUGAUGCUAAACGGGUGGCCGCUGAUCUCGGCGUUCGCAGGCGACCAGGACGUGACGAGGGAAGCUGCCAGUAACGGCGUGUUGACCCUGAUGGAGAAGGGUGACCGCGCCUAUCUCAAGCUGGAGAGAGGGAACCUGAUGGGUGGCUGGAAAUACUCAACAUUCUCCGGCUUUCUCGUCUUUCCACUCUAAGAGGAAACAAGAUCGCGUUCUCCUCAACCCCGCACUGUCACGAGAGGGUUAAUAACUUUUUGUUCCCCCCCCCA